CGGCAUCGAAUCGGAUUCGAAGUUGGUCAAGAAGCGAGUUGCCAAAAUUGCUUAAAUUCCUCCCGCGAGGGAGCACAACCUGUAUUGCCUAUUUUAAUUUUUUUGAAUUUUGUUGUUUUGGGGUCGCCCUUUUGUUGCAGAGAUCGGCUGGUUUCGGCCGGGGAAGCGGCGGAUCUCCGGCGACAGGAGUGAUAGAGAUGAUCACACGAUCACAGCUGGUGGAAGAGUUGAGAGAAUAUCAGAUCCGAUCCCAACGCAAGUGGGCCGCUCUGCUGAUUUUUUCUCCAAAGCCCCAGAUCAGGAAUCGGAAGGAUGUUGUUGUGGCUCUGAUAUUUGCCCUAUUCUUUUGCUUCGUAAUAAUUUCUUCCUACAUCUCUUUCUACUUCAAGCUUUAUAGACUUUCUGCUGUAGCUAUAUGUGUUGGGAUUCUUCUUCCAACGUGCCUGAGAUUUUCCAGGCAGAGAAAGCUUGCAAGGAAAAGGGAUGGGAGAUAUUCCUUACCUUUGUCGAUGUAGCUGUUGAGGGGAAGAGCCAAUUUUCAUUAUUUGAUUGAAGAGUGGUGUUAUUGAUAACUUGAGCAACAUAAGGAGCUCUCCUUUGGGAGUUGCUAGGUAGGCAGUCUUUUUUUUUUUUUGAAACAUUUAGAGUAUUCUUAUACUAGCAUUGUAACUCUGACAGCCAUUCUUUCUGUUUUGCUUUUCUUUGCACGGCAUUCAAGUUCCAGAAUUAUAGAGAUAUUUACAGAUUGUUGAUUUU